CUCUUGGUCUCUUUCUCUCUCUCUCUCUCUCUCUCUAUGUAUGAUUACUGUGUAAUGCAAGGCCGAAGGCUUAACCAAGACAAGAAGAAAACAUCGGCAAUGUACGAUGCCGAAGACGAGGAAGAGAUUAUUUUGCAGAACGACUUCGUUUUCAACAUCGAUAAAAGCUUGCUUAUUGAUCCUUGUCGUGUGCUUGUUCGAAAAUUGAUCGCUGAAGGGCCUUAUUCUCUUGUCUACGAGGGAGAGUUUGAGUCCAGACCUGUUGCUGUGAAGAUAAUACAGCCAAUGAGAACAUCAGCUGUAAUUCUUGAACAUAAGGAAAAAUUUCAGAGGGAGGUUUUAUUGCAAGCUAAGAUGAACCAUGAAAAUGUUGUGAAGUUGAUUGGCGUGUCUGUGGAACCAGCUUUGUUUCUAAUUACUGAACUUCUGAGAGGUGGUACCCUACAGAAGUACUUGUGGAGCAUCCGCCCAAGACGAUUGGAUCUGAAACUUUGUAUAAGUUUGGCACUAGAUAUUUCUCGAGCCAUGGAGUACUUGCAUGACAAUGGCAUCAUUCAUCGAGACUUGAAGCCUAGCAAUUUACUUCUCACAGAAGAGAAGAAACGAAUUAAGGUUGCUGAUUUUGGGCUAGCCAGAGAGGAAAUAACAAAUGAAAUGACCUGUGAAGCUGGCACUUACCGGUGGAUGGCUCCUGAAUUAUUCAGCAAAGCAUCACUUCGAGUUGGAAUGAAAAAGCAUUAUGACCAUAAGGUCGAUGUGUAUAGUUUCGCAAUCGUUCUCUGGGAGUUGCUUACAAACAAAGCUCCAUUCAAGGGAAGGGAUCACAUAACUGUAGCAUAUGCUGCUGUUGCCCAUAAGGAAAGGCCUAGCUUGGAGAAUAUUCCUGAAGAAUUAGUCCCUCUCUUGCAAUCCUGUUGGUCAGAGGACCCAUCUCUCCGACCUGAAUUCAUGGAAAUUACAAAUUAUCUGAAAAAGUUUCUCACUACACUUUGUCCUGCAGAGAUGACACCUCCUAGAGUAAUUCAGAUUGAAGACACCAGAAAUAACACAGGCACUGACAAUGCGACGAAGAAAUCUGAUGAAAAGGCCAAGAAGAGAAAGAGCAAGUUGUCCAAUUUCCUAUCGUGUUUCGACAAAUGCCUAUCGGAUUAACCUGGUUACCUGAUGAAGCUAUGUUUUGGUGUUAAAAGGACCAAAGAAUUCCCAUAUUAGAAGUGAAUUUUAUGUACAUAAUCAAUCGUCUUCCCCAUGCUUUAGAUAGCUUUUUAGAAGUUAGGCUUUUUGCUUAGUAGCCAUUGUUUUCUUAAACAUCAAAUAGAAGAACUCAGGUUACAGAGAUAGAAGGAAAUGAAGGAAAAAGUUUCAGGAGAUCGUAGUCUUGUACCAUUUUUCUUGCUAAAAAUAAAAAUUAAAAAACAGCUAUGUGCUCA